CAGUAGUAGUCCAAGUCUGUGUAGGGUACUUAUCCCAGGUACCCCUACAGCCAGCCUUCCUUGGAAACAGGAAACGAGGAGUCGCCGGAAGGGACCCACCACUACAUCUCUCUCGCUCUCUUCUCAGUUCCUGCAAGUCCCAGUCUCCCAGGUCCAGGUCCAGGUCCAGGUCUAGGUCCAGGGCCAUCCAUCGCCUUGACAUCUUCGCCGUCCCCUUCAAUCUGCGCAACCUCAUGACAGCAGCAGUUUUGAACAACAACAGGGCGAGGAACCUGGGCCACAUCAACACCUUUCUCUCCCACCAGAGAACUUCCGUCUCACCCUCACCCUCACCCUCACCCUCACUACUACUCACCUUCACGCCUCACUCCUCACUCGGCCAUCAGAUACCACCUGCAUCCCGGUAUUGACUCGGUCCCUUCCAUUCAUACGUCGCCACACCGCGGUCAUCCAGUCUUUUCUCUCCUGCAGAGCCCUCGCCUCCUGGUGUGGUUCUGCACGUCUGAUGUGCUGUGUACGACUCGUUCCCCUCCGACACAUUACUUAUUACUCCGCAGCGCUUCCGACAACUCUGCCUCGCCGCCGGCCUGGCCCUCACGCUUUAAGCCUCGCGCCUCCUCACCUCUCCUCCGCACCAGCAGCCGCCCGCUCAAACCCACCCACCCCUUGAUUUGGACUCGCUCUCCCUCCUCCGCCCCCCGGGUUCAAAGCGUCAGCACCAUCUUUCUGCCUCCUACUCCAGCCUCCCGCCUGGGUUUCGGCUCCCGUGUCAAAAGUAUCUUUGCGCACUCAGACCCUCUUCUGCCGUCAUUCUUUGCGGCUCCAAAUCGACAGCACACGCCGGGCCUGCCUGCACUGUCGCUUGCUGGUUCCACUUGCGACGGAGCAGCACCGCCCAUCAUCCUGGCUAGCGCUGCCGCCAUUCCCCUUGUUCCACAUCAUUAAAGCGUCCUGGCCUCCCAAUUCCCGUCCCUUUUCCAACUGUACGUUCCAACCGCCUCCAAGGACCCGCCAUUCCGAUCGAGACCCGAGUCAACUUCGACCCCGUCCCGCCUGUCUGAAUCUCGAGUCCCGAGACCGUGGUCUGCACCUGACAACGACGAGGCCACUCCUCGUCCCGCGCUUCUCUGAUUGUUCCUCGGCCGCCGAGUCCUAGAGAUAGGGUCCCGACAAUAUUAUUGCGUUCAGGGACUCUUGUCACAAUGGAUGGCUAUGGCCACCGCCCGCUCAGCUUUUCGGACAGAAGGGCGAGUCUGUACUCGAGUGAGGAUGUCGUCAUGGGUAACGGAAACCACACAAUCAAGAUCCCCCAGCCUAGACCGCCCAGGGGACCACCGACUCCCAGCAUGAGCACGCCUGCCGCCGACUUCGACCAGACCCUGACCGGAUCGCCGCCGCCGCCCCCUACACCUGCGGCAUCGCCCGGCCCGACCAACGCUCAACCCGACUGGAGUGACGCCGCGGACGAUGAGGAUAUCUUCCUGGCCCAGUGUCGACAACACUUUCAGACCUGCAGCGGCCCUCAACGAACACGCAUCUUGGCGGACCUGUUGAACUUGUGUACAAGCCAGCAGCUGUCAUUUGUCCACCAAUUCGUCAGCCCAUUGCUCAAGAAGGAUCCUUUUACCAGUCUUCCUGAUGAGUUAUGUCUUAGGAUCCUGUCAUUCAUCGACGACCCCAAAGUCCUAGCGAGAGCUUCUCAGGUAUCAAGGAGAUGGCGAGACCUACUCAGCGAUGACAUGACUUGGAAGAAUCUCUGUGUCAAACACGAUUACGGCCGCCGUCUUUCCGAGGUUGGCACUACGGUACCCCUCUACGCAUCUCGACCUGGAGCACAGCCUCUUGUCACGCUGGACACGCCCUUCUCAAAUCACAUGCACAGUUUCCCUGGAGCCCUGCCAACUGCGACUGGCAUGUCGGCUUCCAGGAGCCUUGACGGCUCUGAGACGAGCUCCCGUCCCAAGCUGAGGACGUACAAGUCGCAUUUCAAGCAGAGGUACUUGGUGGAUGCGGCGUGGCGGACUGGUGGCAAGGCUACCACACGAGCUAUCACCCAGGACGGUGGCGUCGUGACCAGCCUGCACCUGACGCCGCGAUACAUCAUCGUGGCUCUGGAUAAUGCCAAGAUCCACGUCUUCGACACUGAGGGCAAUUCGCUGCGAGUGCUGCAGGGCCAUGUGAUGGGCGUCUGGGCUAUGGUCCCAUGGGAAGACAUCCUGGUCAGCGGUGGCUGUGAUCGAGAUGUCCGGGUUUGGGACUUGAGCACUGGAAACUGCGUGCACACCCUGAGGGGUCACACGUCCACUGUGCGUUGUCUUAAGAUGUCUGACGCCAAAACCGCAAUUUCCGGCUCGAGAGAUACCACCCUUCGCGUCUGGAAUAUCGAGACUGGCGUCUGCCGCAACGUCCUUGUAGGUCAUCAAGCUAGUGUUCGAUGCUUGGAGAUCAAGGGAGAUAUAGUGGUUUCAGGCAGUUACGAUACUACCGCGAAGGUCUGGAGCAUAUCGGAGGGCAGAUGUCUACACACGCUUCAAGGCCACUACAGCCAGAUUUAUGCUAUUGCCUUUGACGGCGCAAGGGUGGCAACGGGCAGCCUGGACACGAGCGUGCGGAUCUGGAACGCAAACACAGGCGAGUGCCAGGCAGUCCUGCAAGGGCACACGUCCCUGGUGGGCCAGCUCCAGAUGCGGGGAGAUACCCUUGUCACCGGCGGCUCUGACGGCUCCGUCAGAGUCUGGUCCCUCUCGAAGUUCGUCCCAAUUCACCGGCUGGCUGCGCACGAUAACAGCGUGACAAGCUUGCAAUUCGACGAUACUCGUGUGGUUAGCGGUGGCAGUGAUGGCCGUGUUAAGGUCUGGGACCUGAAAACGGGCCACCUCGUUCGCGAGCUGAUUGCGCAAGGCGAGGCUGUGUGGCGCGUGGCUUUCGAGGAUGAGAAAUGCGUGGCCAUGGCUCUCCGGAACAAUCGAACCAUCAUGGAGGUCUGGUCCUUUUCUCCUCCACCGGAAGAUGAUAGGCCGUUCGCGGUGAGGUCGCUCGAGGAACCGGACCGGCCCAAGAGCGCCUUGCCUUUGGACUACCGUCCGCCACAGUCCGCACUCCUUCACAGCCUGGGUCCGCGUGACAGUGGAGUCGAAGACAUUGACAUGAGAGACGCUGGCCCCUCAACCGCCCCCCUCCGGCAAGGCGGCACUUUCUUCCACGACUGAAUCUGACCUUGGACCCGAUGACCACUCUUCAACGCUGAUACAACCCUUAUCAGCGAGCCGAAUGCAUUUCCCUCUGUCGUUGGGUGGCACGCAUUCUGAUGCCUUAUACUGGCCGAGCAGAGACCGUUAGAACCAUCAUUUAUUACGGCAUACAUCGCAUGGCCAGGUGGUCUGAACCUUAUCCGCUGACACCAUUGUUUGCAUAUGGGGUAGACAUCGCAUUUUUCUGGCUACAAAACUUUUAUUGCUUCUAGUCCUGGCGCAACGCCGGGUGUUCAUAGUCGAUUUUUAUCCGCAUGGCUGGGGCGUUAACACUUGAGGCUGGCUGGGCGUUCGUUGCCUUGGUUGGUUUCAACAUAAUGGGAAAUAUGGAAACGGUUGGCAACCAGAGAUGCGAGGUAUUGUUUGAGUUUUGUCAUGGAGUCACUGGAGGAAUAGAUGAGUUCAUUUGCAGUAGCUUUUGUACGAAAAACAAAUAGCACUUAGCUCAGAAGGCCCCUUGAAAAUGCUCAAAGUGAGAUGCGGCCUAGGAUGAUAGAUCACUAAAGCAAUGAAUGAGUGGGCUGACUCUAUGUACUCCGUGC